UCUUCCCAGGUUCAUGGACAAGAAGCUGUCACUCAAACUGAAUGGUGGGAGGCAUGUACAGGGAAUUCUGCGUGGCUUCGACCCCUUCAUGAAUCUUGUGGUGGAUGAAUCGGUUGAGAUGGCACCUGGUGGACAGCAGAACAACAUUGGCAUGGUGGUUAUUCGAGGGAACAGCAUUAUAAUGCUUGAAGCCUUAGAACGAGUGUAGUGAAGACAGCGUUAUUGCUGAAAAGAUGACAUAAACAUGAUGAAUCCAGAGAACUGUGAGCCAUGUGUUGGUGAUCCUUAGUUUCUGUGAGGGGCAACAAUUUGUUCCAAGUUAAUAUGGUGCAACAUAACGCAUUUCUGUGUACUUUACAAUUUUGUACCUUGAUCGACAAUACAUUAAACCUCCUUUUGUAUGAAAUCACACUAUAUUGUUCUGUGCAAGUUAAUGGCCAGUGAACACCAAAUGAUCUUUAAUAAAAUUGGUUUCUGAAAAUAA